AUGAACAUUUCGAUGUUGAGAAUGCGACGACUGCAACAGAUGGAACGACUGCGUGAAUGGAGAGUGGACAUGAGCACAUACUACUGGGAGGUGUCUGAGUGGCGGAAGUCUGGGCAUUCCUUGCCAAUCCCAACGAUGCCACCGUAUCCAACUCACGUUCCUUCACAAAAGGUGCUUUACAAGUUGGUUGUGGAUGCUCGAAAGCUUCGCAAGCUGUCGCCAUCACCCAGUGACUUCGUUGCUUUGGCGCAAAUGGCCCGGCAACAGCCCGUUGACGCCACCGGAUCUGAAUGGCACCUUCUGGUGGGAGAUGUGGCUGGGAGCGAGACCUUUGGGCAAACUCAAGAUACAUUCUCUGCCAAGGUCAUCGAGCCACUCUUGACUCCGAAAGGCACUCUCUUGAGAUGA